AUGACGGUCCAAGAGCCCAAAGAUAUUUUGGAAAAAGCUUUCAGAUUCCAUCUUUCUUCCCAAUCCUUUCACUUCUGGUAUGUCAAGACCAAACCUCAACGAUGCCUUGUUUAUGCAAAGAAACAAUACCCUGAGAAGUUCGAGAACUUCUUCGAGUCAUGUUUUGAGACGAUGUGGACUGGGCAACUCGAUAUCUCGAAGCCUGAGAAUUUGCUAGUUGCAGCAAGAAAGGUAUUCGACGAUACGCAGGCAAAGGAGGUCGUACAGGGCGGCAACGACCCUGAAAUUAAGAAAGCCCUUACUGAUAACACCGAGUACGCUGUUAAAGAGCUUGGAGCAUUUGGUUGUCCUUGGUUCUGGGUACAUGAUGGAAAAGGUAAUGCCGAGCCUUUCUUUGGGAGCGAUCGGUUCCAUUUUAUGUGGGAUUAUCUCGACAUACCCCAUCGAGACUUAGAGCUCGUGGCCCGUUCCUCAAAGAUCUAG